AUGGAUUUCCCCAAUUGCACUGAAGGGGUGUUUGCAACAAGCAGCGGUGGUUAUGACUCACUGGAGACCACUAAAAUUCCUCCCAGUAAGAUCCUGCUUACGCUGACUCUGUCUGUACUUGCUAUCCUGACUACGUUCUUCAACUGCCUGGUGAUCACAGCCAUCGCAGUGACCCGCAAGUUGCACCACCCAGCCAACUACCUCAUCUGUUCAUUAGCAGUGACUGACCUGCUGGUAGCUGUGCUGGUCAUGCCCUUCAGUAUCAUCUACAUCCAGAAAGAGAGCUGGGUCAUGGGCCAGGUGGUGUGUUCCAUCUGGUUAAGUGUGGAUAUCACCUGUUGCACAUGCUCCAUCCUGCACCUUGCUACAAUUGCCAUCGACCGGUACAGGGCCAUCACUGAUGCAGUGGAGUACUCUCGCAAACGCACAGGGGCCAGGGCUGGUGCAAUGGUGGCGGUGGUGUGGCUUUUGUCCAUCCUUAUCUCACUUCCUCCCUUACUGUGGCGGCACUACAGCGGGGAUGCAGACCAGGAAGACCAGUGCAUCAUCAUCCACCAUCACAUGGCCUUCACCCUGUACUCCACCCUCGGAGCAUUUUACAUCCCCCUGAUGCUCAUCCUCAUCCUCUACUACAAAAUCUAUCGGGCAGCUCAGACCCUCUAUAUGCGCAGGGAGGCCAGCCGAGCCAGCCGUCAUUCAUGCAUGACCAAUGGGAGCAUGAUCCCCUCAUCGUACCCUGCUGGAGAUGGUGAUGUGGAUGGGGGGCCUCGAAGUCCAGAGCCCAUAAGCCCACCAGAAAAGUCCUUCUCUGAAGGCUCAACCGAGGAACCUCCACGUGAACGUGUACGAGUCUCAGUGAAGGCUUUCCACUGCAAGUCGCGCCGGCAUGAGUCACGUAGUGAGUCACGUCGGAGCCAGUUUUACCAAGGACCGCGGAUAUCUGGCUCACGGGAGCGCAGAGCAGCAUCCACGUUGGGGUUGAUAAUAGGGGCCUUUGUCAUCUGUUGGUUGCCAUUUUUUGUAAAGGAGGUGAUUGUCAACACUUGCAGUUCUUGCAGUACUUCAAUGGAGAUGGCUGACUUCCUGACAUGGUUGGGCUACCUUAACUCACUGAUCAACCCCCUCAUCUACACCAUCUUUAAUGAAGACUUCAAAAAAGCUUUCCAAAGACUCGUUAGGUGCAGUCAUUAUCUCUGA